AUGAGUCUGUUCGCAUCGCAGCGACUGCCUUCCGGUCACAAUGUCCUCAUCCAACAGUCACGAUCCCCUGGCGCUUACCGCAUGUACAGCGUGCUAGAGGGAAGACGCGAGAUCAGGUUGGUCCCCUUACGUAUCAGAAGCGGCAGCAAACUCAACAACACAGCUUCAGCAUCCCGCCUGCAUCGCUCAAGAUCCCGCCUGUUGGACCCACAUCCUCGAGUCACCAGUAACAGUCACAAGCACGUUGCCAAAUUCUUCGACAACAUCGCAGCCAUGCAAGAGGAGGAAAACCACUGGCAAGAUAUCAAAGAGCCUCGUUCCAGACGUUCGACCAAUCAAAUCAAGGGAAAAGACUUCAACUUUCUCCAACAACAGCUCGAGAGGACGAACUUGUGGAAGCACCAGGAAGAUCGGAUUCUCAGAGAGGGUCUGAAUAUAAUCCCCAAACAUCGUCCAGCCGGGCAAGGCGUCUCAAGGUCUCAAAACCUCGCUCAUCAUCGCGUCAACAAGCGACGUGGGACGCUAGCGCAACAGCAACAAGCUCAACGACUGGCCCAGCUUGAGGCUCAGCAGUGGAUCAUCUUGGCCGAGCUCAAGCGUCUCUCACUCAACAAUAAGGCUCAAGAUGAACUUUUGCGAGAGAUGAGAUCAUUACUCGAGGCUCAGCAGCCAUUUAAGGUGUCCAAAGAUCCUUCCAUGUUUUCCAGGGCCAUGAGUGUCGUCACAGAGCUGCGAGAUUGGCUGCGUGUCACUCUCUCCGAAAUGCUGCAAGACGCGACAGAAGCUCGCAAUCUAGCUCCUGCCGAAGAGAAACCUAGUGGACGCCAGGUUAUUAGUAGGAACGCCGUCAAGGCCAUCUCCUUUGGGCUUUUCUAUCCGAUCCUCCACUAUCACGCUGUGACUACCAGUGCGGCUGACAUCAUGGGGGUUUUCUUGCAGACUGCUUCGUUGCCAAUGGUCCUCGCCAUGAACCCUAGCGUAGCCAAAGCAUGUCAUCGAAUCAAAAAGAGAGGAGUGCUGAAAGGUCUCUUCGGUGGCAAGAAGCUCCGUCGCUCUCUCUCCAGCUCUCUCUCCAGUCACGGAUAUCGAAAAGAUGUUAGGAGGUAA